UUCUAUCAAAACCAAAGCCCUUCAGAAUAUAAAACAACCCACCGGAACACAGACAGAGCAGCGGAGAGGGAGAAUCGGAGACGACGAUGGAACCGAAGAAAGUGGCGAUCAUCGGAGCCGGAGUAAGCGGUCUAGCAGCCUGCAAAUUCACUCUAUCCAAAGGAUUCAUUCCGAUCGUCUUCGAGGCGAGAGGUGCCAUUGGCGGUGUUUGGACCGAGACGCUGCAGACGACGGCGCUGCAGACCCCCAAAGACAUGUACCGAUUCUCCGAUUUCCCGUGGCCGAAAUCGGUGACCGAGGAAUUUCCGAAGUACAAUCAAGUUCUCGAUUACCUCAAAUCUUACGCCGACCACUUCGGAUUGAUGAAGCACAUCAGAUUUAACACGAGAGUCCUGAGUAUCGACUAUGAAGGCUGCUCCGAUGAGGAACUUGACGGUUGGACUCUUUGGGGCGGCUCCGGCGAGGCCUUCGCCGACCGGCGGAAGUGGCGGCUCAACGUCGUCGAUGCUCACACUAAUGAUCCAAUCGAGGAGAUGGUGGUGGACUUUGUUAUACUCUGCAUCGGAAGAUUCAGCGACGUUCCAAACAUCCCGGAAUUCCCUCCUAAUGGCGGCCCUGAAGCAUUCAAAUCCGGCAAGGUUCUUCACUCUCUCCAAUACUCCGCCAUGGAUUUCGACAGUGCUUCCAACCUCAUCAAGAACAAGCAAGUCACCGUCGUCGGAUUCCAGAAAUCCGCUCUCGAUCUCGCCAUGGAAUGCGCCAAUACCAACGGUCCGAAGAAUCCCUGCACUGUGCUCUACAAAACCGCCCACUGGAACCUCCCUGAUAAUCAUCCAUGGGGAAUCCCGUUGUCAUUCCUCUACAUGAACCGAUUCGCUGAGCUUCUCAUUCACAAACCUGGCGAGAAUUUCAUUCUCUAUCUCCUCGCUGUUCUUCUUUCCCCAAUUAGAUGGUUUUUCGCGAAGAUCGUGGAAACCCACGCAAAAAAGAAGCACAAACUCGCCAAAUACGGCAUGAUUCCAACCCACAGCUUCCUACAAGACAUCAGUUCAUGUCAACUGGCAAGCUUACCCGAAAAAUUCUACGAAAAAGUAGACGAAGGAAGCAUUAUACUAAAGAAAUCCCCAAAUUUCAUGUUCUGCGAAGAGGGUAUCACAAUUCAAGGACAAACCAAACCAAUCCGCUCAGAUUUAGUCAUUUUAGCAACAGGGUUCCGAGGCGAUCAAAAGCUCAAACAAAUCUUCACCUCUGCAACUCAUCGGAAUCACAUGACAUUCCGCGAUUCAGUAAAUCCCUUAUACAGGCAAUGCAUUCAUCCCAGAAUCCCGCAGCUAGCAGUAAUUGGGUUUACAGAGAGCCCUUCAAACAUGUUCACCUCGGAGAUUCGAUGCCGGUGGGUGGCGGAGUUUCUCGCCGGCACCUUCAAGCUGCCGAGCAUCAAGGAGAUGGAGAAGGACAUAGCCAAUUGGGAGAAGAUAUUGAAGCAUUACUCAGGCCCUUUCUCGAAGCGAGCUUGUUUUGCCACUUUGCAUAUUUGGUACAAUGAUCAGCUCUGCAACGACAUGGGGUGGAACCCCAAGAGGAAGAACGGCUUCUUUGCUAACUUGUUUGUUCCUUUUAGCCCUUUGGAUUAUGCCUCCCCUUGAAAAAGUUAAGGGAUAUUCAAUAAAAACUGCAUUGCCAUAGCCAUAAUAAAGGCGAUGCACUUCAACUCGUUCGGUUUCUGUGUCACGAACACACCCGACAUGGUUAUUAGUGUAAUCUUGAACCGUAUGUGAUUGAUGUACUUGAAAAAAAGUAUGUUUGAGAGAUAAUCUAAAUAGUUUAUGGUA